GGGGCAAAAGGAAGAAGCCCAGAGAUUGUUUAUGGCUUUGGAGAAGCUCCCCUGCUCCUCUCCUCUGUUUCUCUCUGUUGCUCUGUUACUCUUUAUCUUUCUCUGAUGGAUUCCAUUUGUUAUCUGGAGAAGUGCUUGAGAGGAAACUAAGAUUUGGUUUUCUUAGUUUUGUUUUUCAGAGUUGUUGGAGUUUGCUUUGUGUUGUGUGUUUUAGCUGGAAGGAUGUCUGGCAAGGAAGAGUUUCUGAAGAUUCAGACUUGUGUUCUUAAGGUGAAUAUUCACUGUGAUGGAUGCAAGCAGAAGGUGAAGAAGUUGCUGCAAAAGAUUGAUGGGGUAUACACAACCUCCAUAGAUGCAGAACAGGGGAAGGUGAUAGUCUCAGGGAAUGUGGAUCCUGCCACUUUAAUCAAAAAGCUUGGCAAAGCUGGCAAGCAUGCAGAGCUUUGGGCUUCCUCUAAGGGUGGCAACAAUCCCCACUUCAUCCUCAAUAAUCAGUUCCAGAAGCUCCAACUUGACAAUAAUGGCAAGGGUCCUCAGAAAGACCAUGGAAAACCACAGAAAGGUGGUGGUAAUGGUGGCAAAGAUCAAAAGGUAGGACAACAACUUCCACAACUUGACCAGCAAAAGCAGCAGCUUCUACUGCAACAGUUGAAAGGGUUCAAAGAUGUGAAGCUUCCUAAUCUCAAAGACCUUAAGUUGCCUUUUGGCAAGGAUCCUAAGGCUGUUAAGUUUAAUAUGCCAGCAGAUGAUGAGGGGAGUGACUACGAUGAGUUCGAUGAUGAUGAUUAUGAUGAUGAAGAUGACUUUGAUGAUCUUGACGGUCUUGAUGAACUUGAGGAGGACCUCAAGGCUGGCAAGAUGAUGAAACCUCCUGGUGGUGGUGGUGGUGGUGGUGGUGGUCAUCAGUUUCAGGGAAAUCCAAUGGGAAAUGACAAGAAGGGGAAUGGAGCAAAUGGCAAGAAAGGUGAUGCUGCUCAGCCUCAGAACAAGAAUGAUGGGAAGAAGAAUGGAAAUGGAAAUGUAAAUGGCAAUGGAAACCAGAACAAGAAUGGAGGGAAUGGUAGUGCUAAUAAUAAUAAAGGCAAUCAAAACAAUAACAACAACAACAAUGGUGGCAAGAAGGGAGGUGGUAACAAUGGUGGUGGUGGUGGUGGGAACCAACAUCCAAACAUGAUGAUGAUGAACCAAAUGGGGAAUCAUCACUUGGGAGCCGCUGCUGCUGUGCAAGGCCUUCCGGCCAACGCCGUGCCACCGGGGUACUUACAAGGGGGAAUGUUAGGUGGUGCACCACCGGAGGUGAUCGCGGCCGCUAAUCCGUAUCAACAACAACAAUACAUGGCUGCAAUAAUGCAACAAAGAAUGAUGAAUGGCGGUGCCGGAGGUUAUGAUCCUCGGAUGUAUCCUCCGAUGAGUUAUGGCAGACCAAUGCCGCCGCCUCCCGGCAUGGCUUACAUGGGGCCACCACCACCACCUCCCGGUGAGCCUUACACUCACUUCUUCAGUGAUGAGAACACAAACAGCUGCUCUAUAAUGUGAUACUUUUGCAUGGCAUUGCUUCUUGUUUGUGUUCACAAAUACCAGAGAAGCAAUUCAACAAGCAAAAGAAUGACUACUGCUUGCAUAGCAUAUACAUGAACAAUGAAUGAAUGGGUUUUAGUUUUUCUUUUUCUCUUCAUUUCAAGAAGAGUUUUUUUUUUUUUUGGCUUGAAGGUGGAGUAAUUAGGCAAAACUAUAAUUAUGUUUUCUACUAUAGUUUUCUUCCUGAGUUGUAAUGGAAGCUGGAGAGGAUCUUUCUAGCUUUCAAGGUCUUGUGUCAAUAUAUGUUUCAUAAGUUGGGGUAAGAAAAAAAAACAAGAAGUUGAUGAUAAUGAUGAUAAUAAUAAGUAGCAUUAUAUCUGAU